ACAGACUCGUAGAAUCGGUGUACAAGUUGUAAUUAUUAAUCGUAAAAACUGUCAUAUUUUGAACGUAUAAUAAUUAAUUACAAGUGAAAAAUGUCUGAUGAAGAGUUGCCGAAGGGAUGGGAGAAAAGAAUGAGUCGUUCAACUGGUCAGGCUUAUUAUUUAAACAUAUAUACCAAAGAAAGUCAAUGGGAGCGACCAACCAAACCAGCUGAGCCUGGCCCUGCAGGAGGGAAUUCAGUGGAUCAAGUCCGUUGUAGCCAUCUGCUAGUUAAGCAUAAGGAUUCCAGGCGUCCGUCAUCGUGGCGGGAAGAAAACAUUACAAGAACCAAAGAAGAGGCUUUGGAGAUCAUUGAAGGGUAUUAUGAACAAUUGAUGUCUGGAAAAGCAGUUUUUGAAGAUCUUGCCUCCAAGUACAGUGAUUGUAGUUCUGCUAAAAGAGGUGGAGACCUCGGUUUGUUUGGCCGCGGAGCCAUGCAAAAGCCGUUCGAAGAUGCCUCCUUCGCCCUUAAAGUUGGAGAACUUAGUAAGCCUGUAUUUACAGAUUCUGGAGUCCAUUUAAUCAUUCGAACUGCCUAAUUUCACCCAUUGGAACUGUCAUUUGUUUCUCAUGGGAAUCAUUUUUAUGAACUAUUUUCAGAAAAUGUAGUGCAAACUUCCCAUUAAACAGCAGGUUCCUGCUAUUAUUACAUAUUCGCAAUGCUUGUUUAUGUUAGUGUGUAACUUUCAUAUUUGUAAGGUGCUAUGUGCCCAAAGAUAUAAUGGUAACCAUAAUGUUUUAUGGUAUGAAUCAAGUUGUGUGUUAUUACUCUUAGAAUAGUUCUGAACCAAAGAACUUUAAAAUUCCGGAGCCCCGAGAAAAGUCCGUAAAUGUAGGAGAAAAAUUGCUACAUUGAAUAAAUUGUGGAAAAGGAUACAUGUUGUAAUGAUAAUUUUCCCAACUUUCUGUGCUUAAACAUUCAUAUUUUAAAAAAGUUAUUACUUUCAAUGUUGAAAGUAUGAUUAUUAUAUUUUAUAUUGAAUUAGGUUUAAAAAAAGAGUUGCUUAAUUUUUGAAUCUUUUAAAUUCUACUUUUCAAUUCCUUUAAAAUUUGUCAUAUAUAUACUUAUUUUUAAAUUUAAAAUUUUAUAUUGAAAUUUUGUAGGUUUUUUUGUUUUUUUUUUUUCAGCAUUUUACUUUCAUAAAGUCUUUCUUUUCAUUCCUAUAAAGUAUUUUUUGUAUUCUGCAUAAAUGACUAAUCUGCUACGACCAAGAUUCUAAGUAUCAAUUAUCCUAUGCAAUGAUCCAUCCACCUUAAUUAUGGUCAGUCUAGUUGUAGAAAACUAAAUUUUAAAUCAGAAAUAAUAUGUCUAGUCACGCAAGGCAUAUAUAUUUAAUAGAAACUUGUAGUCAAUUUUAAGAUUUACAUUUAUUGCACAUAAUAUUAAUAAGAAUUGUAUAAAAGCUGUAAAUAAGAUACUAAUAAUGUUAUAUUGUAAAUGUUUUCAAGUUAUUGAGCUGUUUAGGCAACAAUGCAAUUUUUAAAUGAAACACUUUGUCGUUCUCUGGAACUAUAUUUCCAUAGAGCAAUCAGCCAACUGCAAUUCUAAUAAAGCUAUCGUUUGAUGAAAACAUCCUGUGAGCCUCUCAGUUAUGUUAUCAAAUCAACUGGCCGGUUGCUCUAUGCGAACAUGCAUGGAUUAAUUUUAUUUUCCUAAGUUGAAAUGUUUUUCAUUCCAGUGACAUACUUCAAAUACAAUAUUUUAAUAUGCAUAAGUGUCUUGUUUUUUCCUUUUUUAAAAAUAAUUUGAGUUGUAAAAUUUUCAAGGUCUACAAAUUUUUGUUUUUUUAACUUCUCAAAAUUGUUGUUACAUUUACAGCAGUGUGCAAAUUAUUUUGUAUAAAAUAUAACAAAAUGAUAAUAAAAUUGUUCAACAAAGGUUAAAUGUAUUAUUUUUUUACUUAAAAUUCAAUUCAAACAAAAAACCAUAUUAGACUUGUACUAGAAGGCCAGUCGAAUUGAAUUCUGUACAAUGUGGUGUUGAACCCUUUCAAAGAUAGUUGGCUUAACUUUAGCAGUACUUCAUUCAAUGUUUACAGUUCAGGA